GCGACCGGCUCCCUCAGGCCAGUAGAUGGAGACUUUGUGGACCACGCUGGUCUCAGAACAGUUGUUAUUUGAUCCCUCAGGGCCGAGGGAUGGGGAAGAGCUCGGCCAUUCUGGCUCCUCCAGGGGUUGGACGAGUGUUUUCAGGGAUCCAGCCGACAGGUGUUCCUCACCUGGGUAACUACCUAGGUGCCUUGGAGAACUGGGUGGCCUUGCAGAACCAGUAUCCCUCAGUUCUUUACAGCAUCGUGGACCUGCAUGCCAUCACUCAGCCUCAGGACCCGACCCAACUCAGGAGCAGCAUACUGGACAUGACAGCCAACCUGCUGGCCUGUGGCAUCGACCCGGAGAGAGUGAUUCUCUUUCAGCAGUCUCAGGUGUCAGAGCAUGCUGAGCUCCACUGGAUCCUUGGUUGCCUGACCAGCAUGGCCCGCCUACAGCAUCUGCCACAAUGGAAGAUGAAGAGCAAACAGAAGAGUGAAGGCAGCGUUGGUCUCUACACCUAUCCAGUCCUCCAGGCUGCAGACAUUCUGCUCUACAAGUCCACUCUCGUCCCCGUCGGAGAGGAUCAAGUCCAACAUUUAGAGCUGACCAAGGAUCUUGCUCGAGUUUUCAACCACCGAUACGGAGAACUUUUCCCUGAACCCGUCGCCCUGCUAAGCUCAACAAAAAAAAUCCGAUCUCUCCGUGACCCUUCUGUUAAAAUGUCAAAAUCCGACCCUCAAGCAAUGGCGACGAUCACCAUCACAGACUCUCCUGACAAGAUCGCCCUCAAAAUCCGCCGCAGCGUCACAGACUUUAACUCUGAGGUCACCUUCGAUCCCGAGACACGGCCAGGCGUGUCCAACCUGGUGACAAUUCAUGCAGCGAUGGCAAUGAUCAGCUUGGAAGAGGCGGUGUCACAGGCUAAAGGGCUGGACACAGGAGAAUAUAAGAAGAUGGUGACAGAGGCUGUGGUCCAGAGGUUAACGCCCAUCCGAGAGGAGAUCGAGAGGCUGAAGAAGGACCCGGCUCACCUGGAGGGAGUGCUUGCUCAGGGGACAUGCAGGGCCCGAGAACUAGCUGCUCCUGUCCUCAGAGAGGUUCGACAGAGGGUGGGACUCUGCUGAUACUACUUCCUUUUAUUCCAAUGAUUGAACACUCAGAAAUGACAGAACAGUGUGCUGAAAGAAAUAUAACUAAAACCCCACAGACCAUGAGAUGACUGAUGGACAGAUGACAGAUGAGAUGACUCUCUGGUGUUCCUUACACUUAUUUUAGAGACGUUACUGCUUAUUCGUCUGCCUUUAUCUGGUGCUGGGUUUAUGUUUUUUCUUUCCAUAGACUGUAUUAAACAUGGACGUUGUCUCAGUGACACCAUCUACUGGUUUCUGGAAAGAUGUUUGGAAUCCAAAUGAUGGUGAUCAGCUUGUGAGAAAUACUGACUCCAAGUAACCAAGGCUUAGGGGCCAAAGGCCUUCUGCCAAACAUCUACAUUACAUCCACCUUUGAGUCAGAUCAGCUAUACCACUAAUUAUGCAAAUUUAUGUAUAUCUCUUCGCCUCAAAUCAAUCAAAAAAUAUGAUCUU